AGUCUCUGCAAAGAAGAAGGAGGAGGAGGAGGGCAGUGAUGACGUCAUUGCAGCCCUGAUCUGCUCUUUAUUCAAUGCUGUGUAUUUUUAAUGGGUUUAUUUUUUUUUUUUAAAUCAAGGGAAAAAAGCGAGUAGCCUUUAGGGGGCAGCAAGGGAGGCAGACAGAGCGGAGAGCCCAGGAGGAAGGGAGGGAGGGGGAGCGCAGAGCAGGGAGAGGGGGGGAGCCACCAGGCUAAAUAUUACAUUAAAAAAAGCUUAUUAUUCCCCACUAUGGAUGCCAACUGGAGCAGUUUUAUAUUCCAGACCCCUCCCCCCCCGCCAUCUGAACCUCUACAGGUGGAACUUCUCCCAGUUUUGGCAACGGUAACCGCCCCUCCUGAUGGAUCCCUCACCUCUCAGGCGAUGGUGCCCACCCUGGCCCCCCAGCAUGCUUCCACGGUGGACACGGCCGCCCUCAAGCAGGUCGUCCCCAGCCUCGCCAGCCCCCAGCAGCUGCAGCCAAACCCUUCCAUCACUGGCCAGCCUUCCAGCAUCUCCAGCGCGAUGCCCCUGCACCCCGUCAUGGAACUGCCCAAAAAAUCCAAGAGCCGGGGCCCCUACAUCUGCUCCCUCUGCUCCAAGGAGUUUAAGAACGGCUACAACCUGAGGCGCCACGAAGCCAUCCACACGGGCACCAAACCGGCCCGGGCACAGCCAGCCGUGAAGAUGGCCACCAUGGUACCCCUGAGCUUGCUGAGCGUGGCAGGUACCCUGGGUGGAGGCCCGGAGUCCCUGGAGGUCCCGACGUCCCCUUCCACCCUCUCGCUGCCCGGACCAUCACCCUCAGCCAAGAAAGUGCGCAAAAACCACGCGUGCGAGAUGUGCGGGAAGGCCUUCCGUGACGUCUACCACCUGAACCGCCACAAGCUGUCGCACUCGGACGAGAAGCCCUACUCCUGCCACGUGUGCCAGCAGCGCUUCAAACGCAAGGACCGCAUGACGUACCACGUCCGGUCCCACGACGGAACCGUUCACAAGCCCUACAUCUGCAGCCACUGCGGCAAAGGCUUCUCACGUCCUGAUCAUUUGAACAGCCACGUCAGACAAGUCCACUCCACGGAGCGUCCCUUUAAAUGCCAGACGUGUGAAGCAGCCUUUGCCACCAAGGACCGCCUGCGCGCCCACAUGGUCCGACACGAGGAGAAGGUCCCGUGUCACGUGUGCGGGAAGCUACUGAGCGCCGCGUACAUCACCGACCACAUGAAGGUCCACAACCAGGGGCCCAACCAUAUAUGCGAGCUGUGCAAUAAAGGGACCUGCCAGAUCUGCUCAAUAGCCGACCCGUCGUCUUCUGUGACUGCUGUUCUGCCCAAUGCGGGGGUUCAGGGGAUCGUGCCCACCCAGCCCUGGUGACUGGCUGCCCUGGAGGAGGGUGCGGACCCCGACACCUUUCUCUAUUGAUGUUUUAUGAACAGUCGGGGCAAAUUGGGACCCCCCCCGGGGCGAAUAAGAGAUUUGGAGAGAACUGAAGGGG